CUGAAGCUCAGUGCCACUGAGCUGGACUGCAAUGGGAGCCAGUGGAAACGGAGUUGGGCCGAACCCGAAGCCCGUACGCAAGCCCAGACCGAGCCCAACCCAACAAAAAGAAUGGGAGCGAGAUGGUGGCCCGGGCGACCCAGCAGGCCAGCACCACCAUGCCGCCCCUGGCCGCCGCCGACGCCUUCCGCGUGCUCGAGUUCGUCGCCGGCAACCGCCGCGUCCCCCACUCCCUCCUCGCCGGCCUGCUCGCCGCCCUCCCGCCCGUCUCCCCGCACACCUCCCCGCGCCUGCGCAAGGCCAUCGCGCUCCGCGCCCUCGACGCCGCCCUGUCGGGCUCUGACGCCGACGGCUCCGGCGAGGUCCUCCGCAAGGCCCGCGACGUCCUCGCCGACCCUGGCGUCGCGGCCUGCUUCCCCGACCACCUCGCCGUCGUCCGCGACGACGUGGCCGCCCUCAGGCGCCUCGUGGACGCCGAGUGGGAGAGCCUCCCUCCCUCCGAGCUCGAGCUCGAGGCCGACCGGAUCGCCGGCGCCGGAGCCCUCGACACGUGGGCGAACGCCGACCAGGACACGCGCAAGAAGCUUCGCCGGCUCGUAGGGGAGUCGACGGCGCGUGAGAUUUUAGGCAAGCUUGGGCAAGAUCCAUCCAAGGCUCCUCAAGUUGAUGAGGCGGCCAAUGCGCCCAGCACAAGUGGUGCGAACGAGGGUGAUCGUGCUCAGCAAGAUGAUGAAGCUCAUCUUGGUAGGGGAAAAGGAGAAGCUAGCCUUGCCCAAGAGGAUUGCGCUCGACAUCAACAAGAGCCAGUAGAAAGAACGACCGAUGCUCGAAUUCCUGAAAAGCCGGUAACAAGCGCAGCAACCAAGGGCAAGGAGCAAGCUACGUCUUCUCAUGUCACCGGACAGGCUGCCCCUGACCAUAACAAGAGCCAUCCAGUAACAGGUCCUAAGCCUAGUCUUAUGGAGAGGAAACCUAGUGCAAUCGUUUAUCAGUGGGAUUCUGGCGACUCCGACUCUGAAAGGCCGCCACAUCAGCGCCGGUUACCGAAUUACGAAAGGAGGAUGAGGCCUCCGCCCGCAGUUCCAUACAAAACAAGAAAGAAAUGGACCGAGAUACAAGAGAGAACCCUGAUCGAAGGGGUUGACAAGUACGGUAAAGGCAACUGGAAGGACAUCAAGAUCGCCUACCCGGACGUGUUUCAAGACAGAUCGACGGUGGAUAUGAAGGACAAGUUCAGGAACAUGGGGAGGCACUAACAAGGAAUGUGCCUGGAUAUGGAGGGCCAUUCGGCCGAGUAGACAUGUCCGGCACAUAUAGUAGGCGCAUGUAUAUAGAUUAUAGAGCGGCAAAUUGCCAUGGUGCAAAGGGCAUGAGAUAUCUUGCCCUUUUGUUGGUUGUUGCAACCCUACUAGCAGGUGUGGUGUGAGGGAGAGCCCAGCACAGCACCUUUCUCUUGUACAGGGCGAUGUGGGAUAUCUCUGCUAGCCAUGAUCUGAUGUUCUCUGUAAGUAACUAACUGAUGAGGUAUGUGAUUAUGAUGAUGAUGCCUGGCUGUAGCUUGAGCCUGUGCCAUUCUUCUUC